UGGUAGAAUCAAGAGAUUUCAAAGAGAAAGGGGCUAAAAAAUGUUGAAGGACUGCUUUCUUUCCUAUGAUCGUAUUGACUAUUUUGGCGUUUUCCUACUAAUAAAGUUAAUAAAGUUAAGUUGAUUGAUGAUCUAGGAUCCUCCUUAGAAAGGCGUAUAGACGACCUCCCUGGAGGUCUUUUGUUUUGUUUCGUGUAAAUAUUUGCUGCUUUGGCAUGAUUGCCGGUUUGUUCUGCGUUCAUUUUUUCAUGCGUUGGUAAUAAGAAUGGGGGAGUCGAGUCUGUCUCCCAGCAGAUUGGCAACGUCACCGUGGACCCGCCGCCCUCGCUCCGCGCCCCCGUCAAAACCGCCUUCACGGACGGCCCUUCACCAGCGACCAAAACCCUAAAACCGCUAGCAGUUUUCCCCCGUACCACCGGAAACCCUCAUCCGCCCGUCUAAUUCCGCCACGCGUCCCACCGUCCCGAUCUACGACGCCGAUCCGGCGUCACCAACGCGUCGAAGGGCGUCAAAGAAUUUAAAAACACAAUACCGAGAAAAAUUAUAGGUCACCGCCGACUAGAGGGGGAACCAUACCGCCGGUCGGUCGAAGCGAUCCCCGCAGGCUCUCUUUCUCCCCUCUCCGCCUUCCGCUUUCCUUCACGGCGCCCUUCCCGUCACCACCCACCAAGAAAGAGACAGACGGAAAAGUUGCCGCUUUCCGGCGAGGAUCCACCGGAUUCAGGCAGACCAUGUGAAACCAGAACCUUUCCUCCCUUUUCCUCUACCGGAUAUCGGUGCCAUCAUUUUUUUUCUGUCCCAUUCAUGGGUGUGUAGCCCAUGGAUGAAGCCGAUAUGCACCAAUCAGCGACGUCACUGGCAGCCAUAGCGAGUAGUCAGCAACAGAGCAACGGCCGCUCGGCCGGGCCCUCGUCGUCGAUCCCGGUAACCGUCGCUGCCGCCGCCGCUGCAGCCGCCGCCGCCGCCGCCGCGCCACACUCGCUGACGCUGGCGCUGCCGACCCAAGCGAAGACGGGGCACGGGAGGGAGGAUUGCUGGAGCGAGGGGGCGACGGCGACGCUCAUAGAAGCAUGGGGAGAGCGGUACCUGGAGCUCAACCGCGGGAAUCUGAAGCAGAAGCACUGGGAGGAAGUCGCCGACGCAGUGAGCGGCCGGGAGGGCGGAAGCAAGCCGUCCAAGACGGACGUGCAAUGCAAGAACAGGAUCGAUACGCUGAAGAAAAAGUACAAGAUCGAAAAGGGCAGGCUCGCCGCCGGUGGCGGCCCCAGCAAGUGGCCCUUCUUCCAGAAGCUCGAUUACCUCAUCGGCCCGAGGAAGGCCGGGGGCCUGACACCCUCUCCCCCGCCUCAGGUCACGAUGGCCUCGAAGACCUUGGGCGCCCUACGCUCCGCAGCCGCUGGCAUUCAUCACCACCAACACUCAACACCGCAGGGGUCCGAUAGGAACUCCGCGUCGUCCAAAUCGUCGCCUGAUUCGACAGAUAGCUUCCCUCCCGAAACAAUCAACCACAAGAAGCGGAAGUUCGCGGCAGAGGAGUCGACAGAACGGCGAUCUGCAGCAAGCCAAUCGAUCAAGGAGCUGACGCGAGCGAUCCUCAAAUUCGGCGAGGUGUACGAGCGCGUUGAGGGUUCGAAACUGCAGCAGAUCGUGGAGAUGGAGAAGCAGAGGUUGGGCUUCACCAAGGAGCUUGAGUUGCAGAGGAUGCAGUUCUUCGUCAAGACUCAGUUGGAGAUGAACCAGAUGAAGCAUUCAAGGCAUGGCAAUAACUACAGCCUCAACAAUAACUCGAGCUGAUAACGCGAUUUGUCUCUCCCUCUCCCUCUCCCUCUCCCUCUCUCUCUCUCUCUCUAAAUUGAUGUACCCCAACUCCUCCUCCUCUCAAUCUGUUGCUGGGAAGAUUGUCAGUCACUUGACGAAAUCCGAUCUGCAGAGUUCAUACCCAAGCAUUGGUAUUACGCUCUCGCCACCAGCCGAGGAGUUGGAUCUGUAAAGGAGAUCGAGUUCAGCAUUUAUCUGUUGCCAGAUUAAUGUUUUCCUUUUUUUC